AUGGCGCUGCUAGAGAACCCUGCGGUUGCGACGUUGCCGUCCAUCCCUAAUCACGGCCACACGAGCGAGGCCCUCAAGGGUCCCAAUGCCACCCAAGGUCCGUCCGUGACGGUGAAAGAUAUCAAUGAGCUCGAGUCCCGUCUCAGAGGCGGAACUCCCAAAUUCGCCAUCGAAGAGCACCCUGUUGAUCUUGUUCGGCCCAUCAAGGUGGGUAUCAUUGGCGCUGGGCUUACAGGCCUAAGUGCUGGAGCGCUACUCCCUGCCAAGUUGCCAGGGCUUGACCUUCGCAUUUAUGACAAAAACGCCGACGUGGGCGGUACAUGGUUUGAGAACACUUAUCCUGGCGUACGGUGUGAUGUGCCGGCUCACGCGUACCAAUCCACCUUCUCGCCCAAUAUCCGGUGGACAGAAGAGUUUGCCCAGGGCGCAGAAAUCAGAGACUACUGGCAGGACUUUGCGAGGAAGUAUAAUGUGUAUCGAUAUGUCCGGUUGAAACAGCGAGUCCAAAAGGCAGAGUGGCUGCCUGAGGAAGCGAAGUGGAAGGUUACAAUCGAGCAUCUCGAUGGCUCCCACAAGGUGUAUGAAGAGAAAUUAGAUAUCCUUCUGAAUGCGAUUGGCCACUUCAACGCGUGGCAGUUGCCUGACUACGAAGGCAUUCGGGAUUUCAAAGGCCCGCUGUUUCAUUCAUCCAAUUGGCAACACGAUGUGGACUUGAAGGGGAAACGGAUCGCACUUAUUGGAAAUGGAGCUUCGGGGUUGCAGGUCCUGCCCUCCAUCCAGCCCUUGGCAAGUCAUGUUGACCACUACGCCCGGAAUCCCACUUGGAUCGCAGAGGCUUUCACGGGCAGUAAGAGCUCAGGUGUGCGGCGUCUUGAGCCCAACCUCUUCUCGGAAGAGCAGCUGGAGUCUUUCAAAGACCCGAAAGAAUACCUCAAGUACCGAAAGUCCGUCGAGAGGGGUUACUUCCAAAGAUUUGGCGCCAUUUUCAAAGAUUCGCCCGAGAACAAACAACAGCUCGAGCAGUGGACCGAGUUGAUGAAGAAUCGUGUCGCGGAGAAGCCUGAGCUGCAAGAUCAGAUUAUUCCGGAUUUCCCACCCAACUGCCGGCGUCCCACGCCUGGUCCGGGAUAUCUGGAGGCACUGACGAAAGAAAACGUGAGCUAUAUCCGGACCAAAAUCCAACGCUUCACGGAGAAGGGCAUCGUCACCGAAGAUGGCACCGAGAGGGAGGUUGACGUUGUCAUUUGCUCAACGGGUGCCAAUACCGACCAUGCACCUCCAUUUUCCAUCAUUGCCAAUGGUAUCGAUCUCAAGUCCGCCUGGAAGAAAGAUGGCCAUUUUGGAUUCCCAUACUCCUAUCUUGGAUUUGCCGUCCCUGGGUUUCCCAAUCUCUUCUACCUCGGUGGCCCCUACGCCUCUGGUCACAGCGGCACGGUUCCCAACAGCAUGGAGAACGUCAUUACUUACGUUGCGAAGGUUCUGCGCAAGGUCCGUAGCCAAGGAAUCAAAACCAUUGCUCCGUCGAAAGAGGCCACAGACGACUUUGUCGAAUACUGUGAUAACUUCUACCCUCGGACGGUUUGGUCUGCGAACUGCAGCUCGUGGUAUAAUGGCGGUACUCCUGGAGCGCGUAUCCAUGGUCUCUUCCCCGGCAGUGCCGCAGCCGCUAAUUACAUUCGCCGGGAUCCUCGAUGGGAAGACUUUGAGUAUACUCGGGUAAAUCCGAGUGGCAACCGGUUUGCUUACUUUGGCAACGGAUGGACUUCGAGGGAGACGGAUCCGGAUGCUGACUUGACUCCUCAUCUUCGCCUACCCGAGGAGGUUGAUCUAAGGUCUUUGAACGAGGGCUGGUGGGACGUGUAG